CACGAGCAACCUCUUGGUGGGGUUUGUGCAGGAUGAGCCGAACCGAGCUCGACGACGAGGCCGCCCAACGGCGGCGGCGAGAGUUCAUGGACAGGCUCAUCAAGGACGUCGAGAAGGACAACCUCCGGCUGCUGCAGAAGAUGAGAGACAGAAUGGACAGGGUGGAUGUGCAGGAACCGACGAUAGAGGUGAGGUUCAGAGACCUCAGCGUUGAGGCCGAAUGCCAGGUUGUCAAAGGAAAACCCCUACCAACGCUAUGGAACUCCGCUGUCGCCAUGGCCUCUGCGCUGAUGGCUAGGGUAGGCUUCAACAGACAGAAAGCAAGGGUUCAGCUUAUCAAAGGUGUCGAUGGGAUCGUCAGGCCAUGCAGGCUGACUCUUGUGAUUGGGCCCCCAGGAUGCGGCAAAACCACCCUUAUGCGUGCUCUUGCAGGAAAGCUCCACAAAAACGUGAAGGUUUCAGGAGAGAUCGAGUACAAUGGCCUGAAGCUGAAUGAGUUCGUUCCAGAGAAGACGUCAGCCUAUGUAAGCCAGCAUGAUCUGCAUGUUCCUGAGAUGACCGUCAGGGAGUCUCUCGACUUCUCAGCAAGGGUUCAGGGUGUUGGCUGGAGAGAAGAUGUACUGAGAGAGAUCAUUACAAGGGAGGAGGAGGCCGGGAUUACACCCGAUCCUGACAUCGACACGUUUAUGAAGGCCAUGUAUAGUGAAGGUUCAGAGAGGAGUCUCCACACUGAGUACAUAAUUAAAAUUAUGGGACUCGAAAAAUGUGCUGAUACAAUGGUAGGUGAUGCCAUGAGAAGGGGUAUUUCAGGUGGUGAGAAGAAGCGACUAACCACAGGUGAGAUGAUAAUAGGGCCAUCAAAGGCACUCUUCUUGGAUGAGAUAUCCACUGGGUUGGACAGCUCUACCACCUUCCAGAUUAUUUCCUGCUUCCAGCAACUUGCUGAAGUCUUGCAAUACACUGUACUGGUUUCACUUCUUCAACCGGCACCAGAGACCUACAAACUUUUUGAUGAUGUUAUAUUGAUGGCUGAAGGCAAAAUCGUGUACCAUGGUCCUAGAAACAGUAUUCUAAGUUUCUUUGAAUCAUGUGGGUUCAAGUGCCCAAGGAGAAAAGGAGCAGCAGAUUUCCUCCAAGAGGUUUUGUCGAAGAAGGACCAAGAGCAAUUUUGGAGUCUUGGACACGAAAAAUAUAACUUUGUUACUGUGGAUCAGUUUUACCAGAGGUUCCAAGAAUAUCAUGUUGGCCAGAAUCUUUCUAUGGAGCUUUUGAAACCUUAUGAAAUAUCUAAAGUAAACAAUAGUGCACUAUCUUUCAGUAUUUAUUCGUUAUCCAAGUGCGACCUUCUCAAGGCUUGUUUUGCACGGGAGCAUCUUCUAAUGAAGAGAAAUGCAUUCAUCUACGUAUCGAAAGCCGUUCAGGUUGGACUAGUUGCAACCAUGACUGGGACAGUAUUUCUACGCACACACAUGCUCAUCGAUAGAACUCAUGCUAAUUCUUUCCUGAGUUCACAAUUCUAUUCACUUCUUUUUCUACUUGUCAAUGGUUUCCCAGAGAUGGUUAUGACAUUGAAUAGACUUCCAAUCUUUUAUAAACAAAGAGAUUGCCUUUUCUAUCCUGCUUGGGCUUAUGCAAUACCAGCUUUUGUCCUGAAGAUUCCAGUCUCCUUGGUUGAAUCCAUAGCAUGGACAUCGAUAUCUUACUACCUCAUAGGCUAUACUCCUGAAGCAUCCAGAUUCUUUCGUCAGCUACUCGUCCUCUUCCUCCACCACUCAACAGCACUAUCAAUGUUUCGAUGUGUAGCUUCAUUUUGCCAAACAAUUCCAAUUGCUUCAAUUGGUGGUGUUUUGUUAUUUCUCAUCAUUCUUGUAUGUGGAGGUUUCAUCAUUCCCCGGACAUUAUUUCCGAACUGGUUAAAAUGGAUAUUCUGGGUCUCUCCAAUGUCUUAUGGUGAGAUAAGCUUAACUGGAAAUGAGUUUUUGACACAAAGAUGGCAAAAGGUCAUGGUAUCAGGUGUCACACUUGGAAAUAGAGUAUUAAUGGAUCGAGGGCUAGACUUCUCCAGCCUUUUCUAUUGGAUCUCUGUUGGAGCACUUGCUGUAUUCAUUGCCGUGUUCAACAUAGGGUUUGCUGUUGGAUUAACUAUGAGAAGAUCUUCAGGGACUUCUCAAUCUCUCAUCUCUCAUGAUAAGCUUACUGCAAUGCAAGGGAAGGACCAGGUUAACUCCAAAGAGAUGGUAAGAGAAAGUCCCAUGUUACCAAAAACUACUCUGAACACACCUACUAUGACUGGGAAGAUCUUACCUUUCACACCUCUCGCAGUAUCAUUUCGGGAUGUCAAUUACUACAUCGACACCCCUAUGGCUAUGAGGGAGCAAGGCUACACAGAGAGUAACUUACAGUUGCUCCACAACAUCACAGGAGCCUUUCAACCAGGGGUUCUCUCAGUACUCAUGGGGGUCACUGGAGCUGGCAAGACAACUUUGCUUGAUGUUCUUGCUGGAAGGAAAACAGGAGGAGUUAUAGAAGGGGCCAUUAGAAUAGGUGGCUAUCCUAAAGUUCAGGAGACAUUUGCUAGAAUAUCAGGAUAUUGCGAGCAGACUGAUGUGCAUUCUCCCCAAAUCACAGUAUGGGAGUCUGUUGUGUAUUCAUCUCGGUUACGUUUGCCAAUGGAAAUUGACUCAAAAACAAGACAUGACUUUGUUAAGGAAGUCCUUGAGACGAUUGAACUGGAUGAUGUCCGAGACAGUUUGGUUGGACUCCCUGGAGCAAAUGGGCUAUCUACUGAGCAACGUAAACGACUCACAAUUGCAGUCGAGCUUGUUUCCAACCCUUGUAUCAUUUUCCUGGAUGAACCAACGUCAGGUUUGGAUGCAAGGGCUGCAGCUAUUGUCAUGCGUGCAGUGAAGAAUAUUGCAGGUACAGGAAGAACUGUUGCAUGCACCAUUCACCAACCAAGUAUUGAAAUAUUUGAAGCCUUUGAUCAGUUGAUGCUGAUGAAAAGAGGUGGAGAGUUGAUCUAUGCUGGGCCACUAGGAAAUAAUUCAUGUGAGGUCAUCCAAUAUUUCCAGGCAAUUCCUGGAGUACCCAAGAUCAAGGAUGAUUAUAACCCAUCCACCUGGAUGCUAGAAGUUACUUCAAAAUCAAUGGAGAAACAAUUAGGAAUAAAUUUUGCAGCAAUAUACAGGGAAUCAUCAACUUACAAGGACAAUGAUGAAAUGGUAAAGCAGUUAAGUGUACCAUCACCUGGAACAAGGGAUCUCCACUUCAAAGCACAGUUCCCACAGAAAUUCAUGGAUCAAUUCAAAGCUUGCCUCUUGAAGCAAUUUUUAUCACAUUGGAGAACCCCUUCCUACAACUUGGUGCGCAUUGUAUUUACAGCCCUUUCCUGCCUUAUGUUCGGUGCUUUGUAUUGGCAGAAAGGGAACAUAAAUAACAUAAACAACCAGCAAGGAUUGUUCACCGCAUUGGGGUGCAUUUAUUGCACCACUUUGUACACUGGCAUCCAAAACUGCCAAUCAGUCAUGCCCUUUGUCUGCAUUGAACGCACAGUUAUGUACAGAGAAAGGUUUGCAGGAAUGUACUCUCCUUGGGCAUACUCCUUUGCACAGCUGGCCAUGGAGAUUCCGUUCGUGCUUGUUCAGCUACUAAUAUUCAUGCUUGUAGCAUACCCAAUGAUUGGCUUUGCAUGGGCAAUAACCAAGGUUUUGUGGUUCUCGUAUAGCAUGUUCUGCACAUUGCUUUAUUUUGUCUACCUCGGAAUGAUGAUUGUUUCACUUACUCCCAACAUGCAAGUGGCCACAAUAUUGGCUUCCGCGUGUUACACUGUUCUCAACCUCAUGUCUGGCUUCAUUAUGCCUGGUCCUCAAGUACCAGAGUGGUGGAUUUGGCUGUACCGCAUCACGCCAAUGUCGUGGACGCUGAACCUCCUCUUCACCACACAGUUCGUGUAUGGUGACAAUAAGAACAUCAUGGUGUUUGGAGAAAUCAAAUCUAUCUCGGAAUUUGCUAAAGACUACUUUGGUUUCCAUCAUGCUCUCGUGCCACAAGCAGCUGUCAUGAUGGCUGUUUUCCCUGUUCUUUUCGGGCUUGCCUUUGCGUUCAGCAUUUCGAAGGUCAAUUUCCAGAGGAGAUAAAGAAAUGAGGAGAAUAUUCUCUGUUUUUUUUUUGAAACAGCUAUUUUCAAUUUUUUUCUUUGUUCAAACUGAUCUUGAAUUCAAGGUCAUCUUUUCAUGUGCAUACAAGCUAAUUUAGAAAGGGCAUGCCAGUUGCUGUGUUGUGCAAGGAGAUGAAGAAAGAGGAGCAGUUUAGAUGUUGUAGAAACAAAGAGCAAUAUCAUUCUUUUUCUUUCUGAGAAACAGCUAUUGUCAUAUUUCCUCUUUUCAAAACUGAUCAUGAAUUAAAGGUCAUCUGCAUACAAGAGAAUUUAGAAAGGGUGCUAGUUACGCCUUCAA